AGCAUCAGAAGCCGGGCGAUACACUGGAAGGUGUGCUGGUGUUUGUGGGAUUUUAGUGUUAUUUUAAGUGCUGAUCGUGAUAACUAUGGUCUAAGUGCAUAACAUAUUCGCGGAAGGGCACGGAACUACCUGCCUUCAAAUGGAGGACGACUUCGGACUGGUCCGGAUGGUGCCGGAGCACCACCCGUCGCAGGUGAAGCGGGAGGAGGUGGAGGCGCCGCACAGCAGCGGCAUCUACUCGCCGAGCACCACCAACCUGCAACAGGUGGAGUUUCCGGACCGGGGAGGCGACUUCGAGGUGAUGGACGUACCCGAUGCCGGCGGCGGCUACCCCCCUGCCGACCUCUGCUCCGACCGUCAGGCCAGCUCCUCGCCGGGCGCCGGGCUCGACAAACAGCAGCUCUAUGAGUCGCCGUGCUCGCCCGACCGACAAUUCUGCAGCUCCACCACACUCAGCGAGGGCGGCAUCCAGUAUGAGGUGCGUGGCGAGGAUGACGCCCCGAAGCGGACCUGCCUGGUGUGCGGAGACGUCGCCAGCGGCUUCCACUACGGCGUUGCCAGCUGCGAGGCCUGCAAGGCCUUCUUCAAGCGCACCAUACAGGCUCUGGGGUACCAGCUCCCAAAGCCGAGAGCUAGCGGUGCCGAGACUCCGGACUCUUGGAGACGUGAUCCGUCCUCCCUGCUCUCUCUGUCCUUCUCGUCCUCUUCUUCCUCCUCCUCCGGACGACGCAAGAGGAUCCCGGCCUUCCUGCGCAGUCUGUCAGGCAAUAUCGAGUACACGUGUCCGGCCAAUAACGACUGUGAGAUCAACAAACGACGGCGGAAGGCGUGCCAGGCGUGCAGGUUUCAGAAGUGUCUGACGGUGGGGAUGCUGAAGGAGGGUGUUCGGCUGGACCGGGUACGGGGAGGCCGACAGAAGUAUCGCCGCAACCCCGAGCCACCCUACCAGCUGCACACCGUCCAGGCCAAGAAACCGUCGCUCGAAGAGAACACGCUGCUGCGCCACCUCAUGAAGUACGAGCCGCCGAUGCCGAGCAUGCCGCUGGACCGCUCCAUUCCGGAUGUAGAGUACCGCACCGUCUCGGCGCUGGCCUGUCUGUUCGACAAGGAACUGGGCAACUUCAUCGGAUGGGCCAAACAGCUGCCGGGUUUCGGCAACCUGGUGCUCAACGACCAGAUGAACCUGCUGCAGAGCUCGUGGGUGGAGGUGCUGACGCUGUGCUUCGCCUUCCGCUCGCUGGCGGAGGGCGGCGGAGGGGGCGGCGGGGACGCCAGUCCGCCGGCGCGCGCACAGCUCACCUUCGCCAGGGACCUGACCAUUGAGGAGAAGGUGGCCAGGGACUGCGGCCUCGAGCAAGUCUUCUUCCAGUACCUGCGCGUGGUGGAGCGUCUGCAGCCGCUCUCCAUCACCGAACAAGAGUACGUGCUGCUGCGGGCGCUGGUACUGGUCAACUGCGACAUUGCCGUGGAGAACGCGCCGCUGGUCCGCAGCAUGCGCGAUACCCUGAUGCAGAGCCUGGCCGACUGUGUGGCCGCCAUCAGGCCCGCCAGCGGCGCAGCCAGCCACACUCAGCAGCUGCUGCUCUGUCUGCCCGUGCUGAGACAGGUCGACCCGGUGGUCAAACAGUUCUGGAUCAACACGCGCCAGGACGGCAAGAUCCACAUGGACAAACUGUUCAUUGAGAUGCUGCAGUCGCAGGCGCGAUAGUGGCGCCCCUGGCGGCGGCCGGCGGAAACUCGCGGGCCCGGCGCUCGGCGCUGCUGCCUGCCUGCCGAGGGCCGCGGGGUGGCGCCAGGUCGCGCUGUGUGACCUCCAGUGACCUGUGGUGACUUGGGGUGUGCCGAUCGGCCGCGCGAGCCGGCGACAGGUGGGAGCGUCUCUCACCGCUCUGUGGACCCAGUCCAGUGCCACUUCUGUGAUGGAGUACAGCUACGUGAGGAGAGAGUGGGGAGCGGGAGAGAGGGAGAGGGAGGGAGCGACGCGGCCGGCAGGGCUGCCGAAGCCACGGCGCUUCAAUAGCUCUUCCCUUUUCUAAGAUCUUUUAGUAACAAACUCUGGCAUUAUGGAUUGUUUCUAGCCAAAUCUUGUUUUGUAUAUUCCAUAGUCGUAUACGUUUUACAGUGCUGCGUUUUUAGUUGUUCCAUGGAUCCGACUGGGCAUUUGUAUCUUGUCAGGUGGGCAGGACCCAUAGUUGUCACAGUGCGCGCGCGGGUGUGUGAUCAAUUUGUACGCUGUGUGUUUGUGUGUUUGUGGUUGUCUGUGUCACGCGCGACCGGGAGCGCCGGUACGCUAGCGGGUGCCUGCUCCGAUAUCUGAGUGGCGAGCGUGUGCAGGCAUCAUGGAACGCCGUCGCCUUGGCCGCAGGGGCCAACCGACUCUGUGAGGCGCGCGGCGAGUUCAGGGUAGACUGAUGUGCCGCGAUUGGCGGUCACGGUGCCCCCUCCUCGCGACGAGACGGAGUGGCAAUCCGUCAGAGUAGCGUAGUCAUUUCAUACCGACCGGUGUGUGUGAUGGAGUGAGUGAUACUGGUGUGCGCUGGCGCGUCUCACGGCUAGCGGAUGAGUCAUUUUUUUUUUUGGUGCGCGAGUGAUGGCGAGUGCGAGUCAUUUUUUCGGCGGGCGCGGAGCGGGCGUGGUGGUGGUGAGUCGGUUGGUGCCUGGCGCCCCCUGGAACCCUCGCGCCUCUGGGACCAACUCGGUGACCGGCGCCCGGCGACUGGCGCCCCAGUCAGUGGUCGGCAGCGGCGCGGCCGGCGCCCAGUCUUCUCCCGGUGGCGCCACGUGCCCUAGGUGGCGGUCGAGGCUCCGCGCGCCCUGCCCUCCGCCCUCUGACAGAUCAACACUCAGGCUCGGACGGCGCCCCGUUCUGUUUUGUUUUCCGACUCCCGAAUCUGGAGCGAGUCUGUUGAGUUUCUGGGCGGCAAUUGUUUAUCUUGUUUUAGUGCACCUGACCGCUGGUGUCUGGCGAUAGUUCGACCGCCGCUCCCAGCGGCCAGCUUCUGUUUUAUUAUUUAGCGCCGUGACCGGCGUGUAUGCCGCGUCCAGCGCGUUUGUUAGAUUCCCAGCCGGCGAGCGGAGGGUGGGGAGAGGUGCCCGGGCGCCAGUUUGCCCUCUAUGCGCCCCUCUAUGCAGUGCGGGGGGAUCGAGGCUUCUCAGCGCCGCCCGGGGGUAGGUCAUGGCCAGGAGCCGGUCCUCCGUAUAUGCCAGCCUAUGCAUCUGGCGCCGAUCCGCCGCGGAGAGUCGCGUGUGGCGGCUGCGCUGGUCAGUGCGCGCCCCUCCCUCGUCGCCCCGCUCGCCGCUCGAUCCGAGUGUGAUAUGUUACAGUCUGUCAGCUAUGACUCGUUUCCGCUGAGUUGUUGUUUCCAGUCCGAGCCGCUCCUCGGCCGGCUGUCCAGGUUGUUAAGUUCAUCCUUCAUUUGUUGGAUUACCUGCCACUCUGUCUCGGUUCUCCCUCCCUCUCUCCCCGUCCCCUCCCUUCACUCUCUCCAUCCCUGUAUGUGUGAGUCAACUCUGUCCAGUACAAACUUUUUUGUAUUUAAGCGUCUACCGGGGUGCCCUAUGCAGGCGGGCAUAUUGGUGUUGGGUGUUUGAUUAUCUGUCCCUCUCUGUCUGUCUGUCCGUCUGUUCGUCUGUCUGCAUGCUAGCGUGGGUCGUGCGCCGCCACCUCCCCAGUCUUUGGGAAGAGGGUGCGGAACGGGCGACCUGGAAGGAAUAUCAUGUGUGCGUGUUUUGGUACUUGAGUGUUCAUUGAGUGUUCGGAGGUCGAAUCUGAAUUUGAAAUGCGUGCGA